GUCGACCCAUCUAUCUCAGCCUGGCACCCAACGCCUUUUGUCAUGCCUUUACGUGUCCCCAUCAUAUCAUUUCCCUACAUCGAUCUGUAUCAGUCUGUGAUGCCAAGGCCCUGUUGAUUGCUGCCGUCACAUGGGUCCGGCUGCCCACCCUCCAUGUAGGAGUAGACGACGAGCCUUUUAGCCAUGAGAGCCUCCAUCUCGAAUCCCUUGCCACCUAUAUAUCUUGUCUCCUCACCCGUUGCCUCUCCAUCUGUCUGCCAAAGCCGGCAUACACAGGGCACUUACUGCUUUUUCCUGCCUUUGCUGCAUAUUGCCGACUGGAAUCGGAUAUACAUCGUCUAGACCUUUCCAGUGGGGAAUGAGCAAUAUAUCUCACAUUUCAUAUAUCACGGUUCCUCUGUCAAAUAUUGAAUCCUUCCUCUUCCGUUGCUUUUCUCUUUUGCUCCCUUCUUUUUCCCCUGAUUGCAAGCCUCAUCACCUUCUCUCCCAUUCGUCACCUACAGUAGCGCAAAUUGCACACAUCUCCGCAGACCUUGUCUUAUUGAUGGAUUCCAGGGGUUUAUACUCAAACUCUUCGUUCAGGGGAUCGACGCCUCAGAGGUCCAGCGAACAAUCCAUUGAGUCAGACAUGGAUCCAGGGUCUUGCCAUAUGGCCUCGAGAUUCUACGAGAUAUUGAAAGAAUCAGGGCUCCAGAGACAGUUGGAAAACGGCUGGGGACAACCUCCCUUGGAUGAUGCUACGGCAGGUUCCGCAUCAGCCCCCAGUGCUGGAUUGGGUCAAGGCAGUGACUUCAGCCGACCACAGUCUCGACAAGGUCCCAAAACAUUGUCCCCAUCAGGCUCCCGCAAGCAUCGAGAGGGAGGGAGUCACAAAAGUCGCAAGUCUAAAAAAUCUCGGAGUGGCCAAGUCAAGGAGGAACACGAUGAUGACGAAGAAGAAGAUGGUAUGGAAACGAUCCCGCCUGUUCAAGGAUCGAGCAAGCCAUAUUCUCCAAGCAGUGAUUCUCAAGCCACGGAGUCGAGCGAGGAGCGUGGAACAUCUGGUUACAAGUUGAAUGGGCAAGGCUAUGGAAGCCGCGAAUACAUGAGUGAGCUGGACUCGGAGCUGGACACUCUCAGAAAGCAUCUUCUUCAGCGUGCCAACGCUCCCAGAACAUUCCCCUAGCCGAUUUCUUGCACCGGCACUUACGACAUGGAGCACACACAUUUGUAUUCGGGGGAAAGAAAACCCGGCGUCUCAUAUGCAUCGAUUGGUCCGGCACACGCAUCUAUCA